CAAACAGCCGCACCCACACUGCCGAGCUGCGUUCACAAGCACAAACACACGGACACCAACAAGCGACUCGUUAAACACUAAAUAUUCUGAAACGUCAAACAUCAAGAAUAUAUUUUUCGAUGAAAUUCAAGAGACAAUUGUGUUGUUUAUUCGUCAAGCUGGUGUACAUAUUUAAUUCAUCGCAGGACUGAUUUACAACUGUUUCGGUAACAUCAAGUUUUUUUUUUUAACCAAGCAUGGCUUCUCGAGGGAAAUCAGAAACUGGAAAGUUGAGGCAAAAUAUGGAGGAGCAACUUGACAGACUGAUGCAGCAGCUUCAGGAUCUGGAGGAAUGCAGAGAAGAACUGGAUGAAGAAGAGUAUGAGGAGACAAAAAAAGAAACCCUGGAACAGUUGAGUGAAUUUAAUGACUCCCUGAAGAAGAUCAUGACAGGAGACAUGACACUUGUGGAUGAGCUCAGUGGAAUGCAGCUGGCAACCCAGGCUGCCAUCAGCCAAGCUUUCAAAACCCCAGAGGUGAUCCGGCUCUUUGCCAAGAAGCAGCCAGGACAGCUGAGAAUCCGACUAGCAGAGAUGGAUCGAGAUGUGAUGGUGGGGAAACUGUCGCGGGAUGUGCACACGCAGCAGAAAAUGGAAAUCCUCACAGCCUUGAGAAAACUUGGAGAGAAGCUCACUGCAGAUGAUGAGACUUUUCUCACUGAGAACGCUACAGCUAUUCUAAGCCAGUUUGAAAAAGUGACGGCAAACUUAGGCUCUGAAGACAAAAUAAUGGCUUUAGCUAGCUCUGGUGUGAAAACCAAGGCAUAGUAAUUUUACCAAAUGUUAAUUUUUAACUCAGUGACUUUGUUUUUAACUAACAACAAAAAGUGCCAAUUGAUCGUUGAUCCUGUAAACAAUCAGUGCACUUCUAGGUGUUGCUGUAGAAGCUAACACUUUUAACCAGUGUUGUUUUAUACACCUCAACGUUUUUAGAUGUCUUAUUUUUUUGGAGGGGUGUAAAAAUGUAUUUGAGGUACGAGAGUAUGAUUUUGAUUGUAUGAAUGUAAAGGAUAGUCAAGGCAGUUGAAGAGAAAAACUCGGCUGUGAUUUGUGUUUCUUGCGCUAAUGCUAAGUCUAUCCUUCCUUAAAAUCUGAACAUUGUUGUUUUUAAGAUUGUUGAUCUCAAGUUCUGCAAUUAUUCAAUGUGUCAUUUUAUUUUAACUAAACUGUGCUGUUUACAGGGAUUUGGACAAAACAACAAAGUAACUAACACUUUUCUACCAAAACAUCUGACAAUCACCUCCACAAGUCAGUACCUGAAUCACAAAGGGUUUAGAAUCAUUAAAAUACUAAAUAAUAGACAACACAUGCAAGAUAUGAUAAUAACAAAGGCUUAUGGCUUUAAUGAGUAACAGCUCUCUGACAGAAAUAGAAUGAGAAUCAGAAUGAUUAGUAAACACUGCAGUCACUACUUCAGAUUUUAAUCUUUGUGUCUCAGCAAAAUAUACUUACUAUAAGCCUGCAUUGAGACUGCAUCCAUCCAGUGCAAACACAGUCUUGUGAUGCAUAACUCAGUGAAAUGAGCACCAAUCUGGACUGAACAAAUAUGAUCAGAUGAGACUUUGGCUAGUUGGCCUGCGCUGUGAUUGGAAUACCCCGGAUGGAUUUGUCGCCAUCUGUGAAACAUUGUCGUGGACCUUGUGAUGGUUUCAACAUCCAACCCAUGAGAGUGAUUCAGCCUGAUUAACAGUCUGUGAGGAACAGCCAGUAACAUUUACAUUUAGAGUACCAGAUGAAGCCUGAACUGUUGUAUUUGUGGUCCUCUUAAAAUGAUAGAGACCCAAGAGAGUUAGAAACAAGAAAGGCUAACCAGAAUGAAAUAAAAACAACUGUUCAAUCACUAAACAUGAGUGAUUCAGAUGUAAAUACCAUGGGGCUGAAUGCACUAGAUGUUCACCUCAUAACUACAGGACAAUCUUAAAAAUCUAAAUAAAAGAAUAGGAUAUGUUCACACAUUUCA